UCAUCGAUGCACAAUCGGUCGCCGGGGUAAUGCAAGCGCGCGGGAAUUGCCGUUUCAGCCUAUUUUGCGGCUGUUCUUCACGAUCAAUUCAAACUGAAUCCAUCACCAGCAAGCUCCGGGCCUCUUCAACUUAUUCUCCGUCGAAGAAAUCAUUGACCCGGAAACUCGAAUCCCAAAGCACUAAGCCCACAAUUACCGACUCCGAUGUUGUCAAAUGGAACAGGAAAAUCACCGCCUUCAUGCGCAAUGGCCAAUGCGAGUCCGCUCUCGGCGUUUUCAAAGGUAUGCCCCGUCGGAGUACUGUCACCUACAACGCCAUGAUAUCUGGUUAUUUGAACAAUAACAAGUUUGACCAUGCACGGGAGGUGUUUGAUAAAAUGCCCCACAGAGAUUUGAUCUCUUGGAAUGUGAUGCUUAGUGGGUACGUGAAGCAUGGGAAUCUUAGUGCGGCUAGGCUUCUGUUUAAUCAGAUGCCUGAGAAGGAUGUUGUUUCUUGGAAUGCUAUGUUGUCUGGGUAUGCUCAGAAUGGGUAUGUUGAGGAGGCCAGGAAAAUAUUUGAUGAAAUGUUGGAUAAGAAUGAAAUUUCAUGGAAUGGGUUGCUGGCGGCGUACGUCCAGAAUGGGAGGAUUGAGAAUGCUAGAAGAUUGUUUGAUUCGAAAAUGGACUGGGAGAUAGUUUCUUGGAAUUGUUUGAUGGGUGGGUAUGUGAAGAAAAAGCGGCUAGAUGAUGCGAGGAGUCUUUUUGACCGUAUGCCAGUUAGAGAUAAUAUCUCUUGGAAUACGAUGAUUACAGGUUAUGCUCAGAAUGGACUGCUUACAGAAGCUCGGAGAUUGUUUGAAGAGUUACCAAUUCGAGAUGUGUUUGCUUGGACGGCCAUGGUAUCUGGUUAUGUGCAGAACGGGAUGUUGGACGAAGCAACUAGGAUCUUUGAAGAAAUGCCUGAAAAGAAUGAAGUUUCAUGGAAUGCAAUGAUUGCAGGGUAUGUGCAGAGCAAGCAAAUAGACAAGGCAAGGGAAUUGUUUGACCAAAUGCCUUCCCGGAAUGUUAGUUCUUGGAAUACAAUGGUUACUGGGUAUGCUCAGACUGGCAAUAUUGAUCAAGCCAGGAUUUUGUUUGAUGAGAUGCCCCAACGUGACUGUAUAUCAUGGGCAGCUAUGAUCGCCGGCUAUGCCCAAAGUGGGCAGAGUGAAGAGGCUUUGCAACUCUUUAUUAUGAUGAAAAGAGAUGGGGGAAAGUUUAACAGGUCUGCAUUAACAUGUGCUUUGAGUUCGUGUGCAGAAAUUGCUGCUUUCGAGCUAGGGAAGCAACUGCAUGGACGACUAGUUAAGGCAGGAUUCCAAACAGGGUAUUAUGUGGGAAAUGCACUUCUUGCCAUGUAUUGCAAGUGUGGAAGUAUAGAAGAGGCAUUUGAUGUAUUUGAAGAUAUUACAGAGAAGGAUAUUGUUUCCUGGAAUACAAUGAUUGCAGGUUACGCAAGGCAUGGAUUUGGUAAAGAGGCUUUAGCUGUUUUUGAGUCAAUGAAGGUGACAAUCAAACCUGAUGAUGUCACGCUGGUUGGUGUUUUAUCUGCUUGCAGCCAUACUGGCUUAGUCGAUAAAGGCAUGGAAUAUUUUAAUUCGAUGUAUCAGAACUACGGUAUAAUAGCAAAUUCCAAACAUUACACUUGCAUGAUUGAUCUACUGGGUCGUGCGGGUAGGCUGGACGAGGCUCUGAAUUUAAUGCGGGACAUGCCCUUUUACCCAGAUGCAGCAACUUGGGGUGCUCUCCUUGGUGCAAGCCGAAUUCACGGUGACACAGAAUUAGGUGAGAAGGCUGCUGAGAUGAUUUUUGAGAUGGAGCCUGAUAAUUCAGGAAUGUACGUUCUUCUCUCAAAUUUAUAUGCAGCUUCAGGGAGAUGGAGUGAAGUUCGUGAGAUGAGAUUGAAAAUGAGGGACAAGGGAGUGAAGAAAGUACCUGGAUAUAGUUGGGUUGAAGUACAAAACAAGAUUCACAUAUUCAGUGUUGGAGAUAGUUCACACCCAGAAAGCGAGAGAAUAUAUGCUUAUCUAGACGAGUUAGAUCUGGAAUUGAAGAAGGAUGGAUAUGUUUCUUCUACAAAAUUGGUGCUCCAUGAUGUGGAAGAGGAGGAAAAGGAGCACAUGCUCAAGUAUCACAGCGAAAAAUUAGCAGUUGCAUUUGGGAUUCUUGCUAUACCAGCUGGGAGACCAAUCCGAGUGAUAAAAAAUUUGCGGGUGUGUGAAGACUGUCACAAUGCCAUCAAACACAUAUCCAAGAUUGCCAAAAGACAGAUAAUCUUGAGGGAUUCUAACCGCUUUCACCACUUCAGUGAAGGUUCAUGCUCUUGUGGAGAUUACUGGUGACAUUUCUUAACGUCACAUUCUUUUGAUAAUAUGGUCAUUUUAUUCAGGGAAGCCCUGAACUGCGGUUAGAUGACCUGUAGAAAGACGUUCAGAAAUUGGUGCAAUUAGCACGGUUAACCAUAACUGCUAUCUGGAAGUGUUUUCGGGAGUGAGACAGGGAUCAGAUUUUCUUAAAAUACAUCAGGAUGAGAUUUUCCAUCUCAUAAUGCUUGUGCUGCGAAAAAUUUUGAACCUUGUUAGCAUUGAGUGCAGUUUCGUGGUAUUACAGAGAAAAUAUGACACGAGAAGAACGUUAGUGAAUAUUACAGAGAAAAUAAAAGUUGCUGUAAAUGGUAUGUAUCACAUCAUGAUGCUACUGCUAUCUGAAGAUGCAGGCUUUAACUUCUUGAGAUUGUGCUACUGCUAUUGGCAAUUCGGAAACUACAAGCAUAUUGUUUGGAAUUCGAAAGUCUUCUGUUUAUGAUUUGCUUUCAGUUGACUCUACCAUUGUGUGAGACAAGUGUAGCUAUCAGGAUAUUUGAGGUUGUGCUCUUUGCUAUGUACUCUACAACUUGGGUGCUUUACACCUACACUGGCGUCGGUAGCACAACAGCUAAAGAGACUCAUUUUACUGGGAGGUUAUGAAAAUUUUCAGGAAUUGAAUUGGAAAACAGCUCAACCUAUCAAGAGUUGUAAGGGAUUCUGAAACUUUUAUAGGCCUCAUCAGGUUAGCAGAAUUCAUUAUAUGUUUUUAGAAGGGGCCGAGGUUGGAAAUAUGAACUCCAUGUUUUCAAUUCUUUCGAUUAGUCGAAGAAGCAAUUGAAGUGCAGAACUGUAGCUCGAGACGUCUAUAUUACUUGAGAUUAUUAAAGUGAAAAUUGUAUUUUGGCGCCAUAUUUGGUAUGCCAAAUCUCCGAACCAAGGGAUGGGAGGUUCAGGCUAGCCUAAUAAGUUAUUUAACAUUCACGAAUGACUGAUUAAAAGGCUGAAUAUUUUUUGUGAGGUCUCAAUGAUUGUUGCUUGUUCUUCAUGUAUAGCAGCAAGCUUCAUUUCACUCGAGAGGAAGAUGAGGUAUUAAAAAUUCACUUCAUGUUGAAACUUGAAGCGGCUGCAACCCAUGAUUUGGUAGAGUAAUUUUUCUUAUAUCAGAAACUAGUUACCCACUGAGAAUAUUUUAAGGUAGCUGGAAAACUAAACUUAUCUCAAUCAAACUUGCCAAUCAAGGUACAAUAUUCAUUUUGAUCAUUGAGUUACAAGCCUGUGAAAUAAAGCUAUAAGCCAAUGCUUGUUUGUUCUCCAA